AUGGAAUUUCAUGAAAUACCCACAAUUAAUGACAAGCCUAUAUCAAAUGAAGAUGAAGAUAUAAGAGAACAAUUGAAAAGAUUGGGUCAACCAGUCUUCAUUAAUGGGGAAACAGAUGAAGCUAGAGAAGAACGAUUAAAUAACUUACUUAACAAUAAUGAUUAUAUGGAGGAGGAUGAUGAUGAUGAAGAGGAUGAAGAAGAAGAUGAUGACGAAGAAGAGUUUUAUACACCAGCAUCGGAAGAAUUAUACGAUAUAAGGCGUAGAAUACUAUCGGAUUCACUACAAAGAUCAUCAAAUCGACUAAAAACUCAAAGACAAAUAUUACAAAAUAAUCCAGAAUUUAUAACAUUUUUAAAACAAAGACGUGAUUUAAAUUCCAAAAUUGCCAAAAUUGAAUUAUAUGGAUCACAAUUUUUAACAGGUAAUACUAGAGCUAUAUCAAGUGUAAAAUUCAAUUAUAAUGGUGAAUUAAUUGCUUGUGGUUCAUGGGAUGGUUCAAUUCAUAUACUAAAUCAAGUAGACUUAUCAACACAUGUAAAAUUAUCAAAUAAUCAACAUCAAGAAAAAAUUGGAGCAUUAGAUUGGAGAAAAGAUCAGAACUACCUAAUAUCUGGAGGUGGUGAAGGUAAUUUAAAUUUAUGGGAUAUUACCAACACUGAUGAAUCAAUAUUAAAACCGAAAUUUUCAAUCAAAAACGCACAUUCAAAUAGAAUUACUAAAACUAUAUUUCAUCCAAUAAACGAAUACGCAAUAUCAACAUCAUUUGACCAAACUUGGAAAUUAUGGGAUCUAAACACACAAAUAGAAUUAUAUCAACAAGAGGGCCAUUCGAAAGAGAUAUAUUGUGGAUCAAUUCACUCAGAUGGGUCCUUAUUUUUAUCCGGUGGAUUAGAUGGUAUUAUAUAUGCAUGGGAUUUAAGAUCAGGUAGAUGCUUAAUGCCAUUACAAAAACAUAUUAACGGGGUUCAUGGAGUCGAUUGGUCACCUAAUGGUUAUAAUUUUGCAAGUGGAUCCGGAGAUUCAACCAUAAAGAUAUGGGAUAUGAGGAAAUUAAAUCAUUCAGGUGAUGAAAUAUAUACGAUACCUGCUCAUAAUAAAUUAAUUAGUGAUUUGAAAUAUUUAAAAAAUGAUAACCAAGAAGAAAAUGGGAAUAUUUUAAUAAGUAGUUCUUAUGAUGGUACAAUUAAUUUAUGGUCAACUAAUAAUUGGAUUAAAGUAAAUAGUUUAAAAGGUCAUAAUGAUAAAGUAAUGAGUUGUGAUAUAACUACAAAAGAUGAUAAUAUAACAGUAGUAAGUAGUGGUUGGGAUCGUACUGUUAAAUUAUGGAAAUAA